UAAUAUAGAUUCUAAUAUCAAAGAAAUUUAAAAUUAAAAUGCCACAUCUUUUGUCUUACCAGGGAACCUUAGAGCCACGGAUUGCAUCUGAGCAUUCUAUGGAUAAUUUCAGUGAAUGCAUCAUCCAAAGAUCUCUCCCUUCUUGGUCACCAGCUUACUGGAAAUCAGCAAAACAUGUUUUAAUAUAGGAUUAUAUAGAGAAGGGAGGCUGAACCAUUGUCAAAUAGGAAUGUUUUAGGAUUGGGACUAAACUCCCCACCUGCAUUUAUCUGACUUCGUUGUAUCUUUGGUUUGUUAAGAGUUAGUCUUCGAGGGAUUUAGUUGGUUUAGUUUCCUUUCGCUCUCAUCUCUUUCAUCUGACUCCCCUUUCUUGUUAUAUUUACUCACAUUGCAGAUGUGAGUAUCCUUAGAAUCCUACCUGGAACCUGAAGCAAAUUACGGAACUUCAAGAUCCCAGUAACCCUAGCCUAUCUCUGCAUGGACUUGACUUCUAAGAAUUGGCCCGAGACCCUGCAAUUAACCUUUGACCAUGCGAAGCUUCAAUUCGUCACCUUUGGCAUUCAUACUCAAUGCCCUCUUUCCUCCAAAUUGCUUUGUUUGGCAGAAGAAGGUUUCUUUCCCCCGACUCUCUGCCCCCAGGCUGGAUUUGUUGGGUCUCAGGCUCGUUUCGCAAAUCUAAACUUUCCAAAAUAUACACGGAGCGCCUCCGGGUUCGCACACGCUCGCUCACGUACACUCUGGCUUGAGUACACGAACCCCGCUGGGCCGGCUCCCAGUUGUAGAACACAUUCCAUUCUUCGCGCUCGGGCACACCCCUCCGCAGUGAGGAUUGGUCCGGCCGAGCCCCCUAGGCGAGGCGAGGCUCCUAAGAGGCCCAGACUCCUGCCAAUCCCCACGGGCUGUCAAAACAAGUCUCCCUCCCUGUCACAACAGAGCGGAGUGGAGGCCGCCGCCGCCGCACUUCCUGGGACCGCUGCGCUGCAAUCCGUGGGCAGGUGGCGGGUGCGCCCGGCCGCAGUCACCCGGCUCUGGCCCCUCUCGGGUCGCGCGCGUCCGGGCUCCGGAGGCCGCCUGGCUGGGCGCCCGGUGCCUUUUGUCUGGCGCAGAGCCGACGUUUGCAUCACAUUUCGGAUACCUCCCUCUCUUUUUCGCCUCUCCUGCCUCCAGCUCACAGCGCCUCCCCACUCCCGCCACCGUACCCCACCGGACUGCUAGCCACCGGGCCCAAAGCCAGAGGACAUCUCUGCCCGAGCGAUGUCUCCUUUCCAGAAAGUUGCCGCCGCCGCCGCCGCCGCCGCCACGGCCACCGCCGCUGGGCGGUGAAACAAAGUCUGGCGGGGCCGCCUCCCGGUGCAGGAGCGCACCGGUGCCUAGCGGCUUAACUCUACUGCCGGGCGUCCCGCCUCCCCCUGGGGAGCCCGAAACGCGCCGGGCAAUGGCCCAGGGCGCGGCCGGCAGGGAGGGUCCGGCGCCGCCAGACGCGGCGGGGGGUGAAGACGACCCCAGAGUGGGCCCGGAUGCCGCCGGGGACUGCGUGGCGGAGGCCUCUGGGGGCCGGAUGAGGGACCGUCGUAGCGGGAUCGUACUGCCGGGCGCCGCGGGGACCCCAGCCGACAGCGAGGCGGGCCUCCUGGAGGCUGCACGAGCGACCCCCCGGCGCAGCAGCAUCAUUAAGGAUCCUUCAAACCAAAAAUGUGGUGGAAGAAAGAAAACCGUGUCUUUCAGCAGCAUGCCAUCGGAAAAGAAAAUUAGCAGUGCAAAUGACUGCAUCAGCUUCAUGCAAGCUGGCUGUGAGCUGAAGAAAGUCCGGCCAAAUUCUCGCAUUUACAACCGAUUUUUCACGCUGGACACAGACCUCCAAGCUCUUCGCUGGGAACCUUCUAAGAAAGACCUCGAGAAAGCUAAGCUUGAUAUUUCUGCCAUAAAAGAGAUCAGACUGGGGAAAAAUACGGAGACAUUUAGAAACAAUGGCCUUGCUGACCAGAUCUGUGAGGACUGUGCCUUUUCCAUACUCCAUGGGGAAAACUAUGAGUCUCUGGAUCUAGUUGCCAAUUCAGCAGAUGUGGCAAACAUCUGGGUGUCUGGGUUACGGUACCUGGUUUCUAGAAGUAAGCAGCCUCUUGAUUUUAUGGAGGGCAACCAGAACACUCCACGGUUCAUGUGGUUGAAAACAGUGUUUGAAGCAGCAGAUGUUGAUGGGAAUGGGAUUAUGUUGGAAGACACCUCUGUAGAGUUAAUAAAACAACUGAACCCUACUCUGAAGGAAGCCAAGAUCAGGUUAAAGUUUAAAGAAAUCCAGAAGAGCAAAGAAAAACUAACCACUCGUGUGACCGAAGAGGAAUUUUGUGAAGCUUUUUGUGAACUUUGCACCAGGCCGGAAGUGUAUUUCUUACUUGUACAGAUAUCUAAAAACAAAGAAUAUCUGGAUGCCAAUGAUCUCAUGCUCUUUUUAGAAGCUGAGCAAGGAGUCACUCAUAUCACUGAGGAUAUAUGCUUAGACAUAAUAAAGAGAUAUGAACUUUCUGAAGAGGGACGCCAAAAAGGCUUUCUUGCAAUUGAUGGAUUUACCCAGUAUUUAUUGUCAUCAGAAUGUGACAUUUUUGAUCCUGAGCAAAAAAAGGUCGCCCAAGAUAUGACCCAGCCAUUAUCUCACUACUAUAUCAAUGCCUCUCAUAACACCUAUUUAAUAGAAGACCAGUUCAGGGGACCAGCUGACAUCAAUGGGUAUGUAAGAGCUUUGAAAAUGGGCUGUCGAAGCAUUGAACUUGAUGUAAGUGAUGGUUCAGAUAACGAACCAAUCCUUUGUAAUCGAAACAACAUGACAACACAUGUCUCCUUUCGAAGUGUCAUAGAGGUAAUAAAUAAAUUUGCCUUCAUCGCUUCUGAAUACCCACUCAUUCUUUGCUUAGGAAAUCACUGCUCCCUGCCGCAGCAGAAGGUAAUGGUUCAGCAGAUGAAAAAGGUCUUUGGCAAUAAGCUCUAUACCGAAGCACCUUUGCCCUCAGAAUCCUACCUCCCAUCACCAGAAAAAUUAAAAAGAAUGAUCAUUCUGAAAGGAAAGAAGUUGCCUUCUGAUCCAGAUGUGUUAGAAGGAGAAGUAACAGAUGAAGAUGAAGAAGCCGAAAUGUCUCGAAGGAUGUCAAUAGAUUACAAUGGUGAGCAGAAACAAAUCCGGCUCUGUAGGGAGCUCUCUGAUUUGGUAUCUAUUUGUAAAUCUGUUCAGUACAGGGAUUUUGAACUAUCUAUGAAAAGCCAAAACUAUUGGGAAAUUUGUUCAUUUAGUGAAACAGAGGCCAGCCGCAUUGCAAAUGAGUACCCAGAGGAUUUUGUUAAUUAUAAUAAGAAGUUCUUAUCAAGAAUCUAUCCGAGUGCCAUGAGGAUCGAUUCCAGUAACUUGAAUCCACAGGACUUUUGGAAUUGUGGCUGUCAGAUUGUAGCAAUGAAUUUUCAAACUCCGGGUCCAAUGAUGGACCUUCACACAGGCUGGUUUCUUCAAAACGGGGGAUGUGGUUAUGUUCUAAGGCCGUCUGUCAUGCGAGAUGAAGUUUCUUACUUCAGUGCAAAUACAAAGGGCAUUGUACCUGGGGUGUCUCCUCUAGCUCUUCAUAUCAAGAUCAUCAGUGGUCAGAAUUUCCCAAAGCCCAAGGGAGCUUGUGCCAAAGGGGAUGUCAUAGAUCCCUAUGUUUGUAUAGAAAUACAUGGAAUUCCAGCGGAUUGUUCAGAACAAAGAACUAAAACUGUACAGCAAAACAGUGAUAAUCCUAUUUUUGAUGAAACUUUUGAGUUCCAAGUAAACCUACCUGAGCUGGCCAUGAUCCGUUUUGUUGUUCUGGAUGAUGACUACAUUGGGGAUGAGUUUAUAGGGCAAUAUACGAUACCAUUUGAAUGUCUGCAGCCUGGAUAUCGGCAUGUUCCCCUGCGCUCUUUUGUGGGUGACAUCAUGGAACACGUAACCCUUUUCGUCCACAUAGCAAUAACUAAUCGAAGUGGAGGAGGAAAGGCACAGAAGCGUAGUCUUUCAGUGAGAAUGGGGAAGAAAGUUCGGGAAUAUACUAUGCUCAGGAAUAUCGGUCUUAAAACCAUUGAUGACAUCUUUAAAGUAGCAGUUCAUCCAUUACGAGAAGCCAUAGAUAUGAGAGAAAAUAUGCAGAAUGCAAUCGUGUCUAUUAAGGAACUAUGUGGACUCCCUCCAAUUGCUAGUCUGAAGCAGUGCCUGUUAACACUGUCAUCUCGGCUCAUCACCAGUGACAAUACUCCUUCAGUCUCACUUGUGAUGAAAGACAGCUUUCCUUACCUGGAGCCUCUGGGUGCAAUUCCAGAUGUGCAGAAAAAGAUGCUGGCUGCUUAUGAUCUGAUGAUUCAAGAGAGCCGGUUUCUAAUAGAAAUGGCAGACACAGUCCAGGAAAAGAUUGUACAGUGUCAGAAAGCAGGGAUGGAGUUUCAUGAAGAACUUCAUAAUUUGGGGGCAAAAGAAGGCUUGAAAGGAAGAAAACUCAACAAAGCAACUGAGAGCUUUGCUUGGAAUAUUACAGUAUUGAAGGGCCAAGGAGAUCUGUUGAAGAAUGCCAAGAAUGAAGCUAUAGAAAACAUGAAGCAGAUCCAGCUGGCGUGCUUGUCCUGUGGACUGAGUAAAGCCCCCAGCAGCAGUACUGAGGCCAAGAGCAAGCGCAGCCUGGAAGCCAUAGAGGAGAAGGAAAGUAGCGAGGAGAAUGGGAAGCUGUGAGUCUGGGCAUCAUUGACAUGUUCACCCGUCUUGAAAGGACUCUGGUUUCUCAUUCUUGUUUUCUUUCUUUAAAUGUUUUAGAAGUUCAAAAAAUGAUACCCUCUAUGUCAUAUAGGACAUAGAUAUUUUCACAAUGUCAGUAUUUUAGUGUAAUUUAUCUAAGUUAAAGCCUUUAGUAGCAGUGUUUUAAAUUCUGAGAUACGUGUCAACACCUGUGUGUGGAUGUCUUUGGAAGAGAGAGAGAGAGAGAGAGAGAGAGAGAGAGAGAGAGAGAGAGAGAGAGGGAGAGAGAAUGUGUGUGUGUAUGUGUGUGUGUGAUAGAGAAAAAGAGAGACAGAGGAAUUCUGUUAAAAUCUAUUCUGUGUUGCAUUAUUCAUUUAGUGAGUUAUUCCUUGAUUAUUUUGGGACUAUUUUGUUAAUCUGAAAUUCUAAAGAGCACUUACUGUAACCUGUCGCUGUGUUUAAUUUUAUGUCUCUGCCUUUGACAUUUAAUUUAGAGAUCUUAGCAUAGCUUGUUAUUGAAGGAAGUAAAUUUAUCAAAUUUAUCAAAGCAUAGAUGUUUUGGUAGAUUAUAUGUAGAUUAGAAAAAUUCCUAAGAAUCACAGUAGAAAUAAAAGUGAAUGGAAGAUUAAACAGAUGAUCAGAAUUUCUAGAAAGAUUAGCGAAGUCAUUUCUUCAGUUAGAAAACUUUAAAAAAUAUUUAUUAAAUAAAAUCAAUUUUUAGAAAGUUUUCUGUAGUCAUUUACUAAACCUAUGAUUUCACUUGAAAAGCUGAUCAUAAGUGAAUUUAUAUCUAUCUAUGUGGUACUCUGAAACAUUCUGAAAGCUCUGUUGCAAUUAGAAUUUUGAUAUAACAAUAAUAUUAUUGCAUAAUUUCAAGAUUUGUAGGACGGUCUCAUUCUUUUAAGCUGAGACUCUAGCACUCAUUUUCUGUAAUAGAUAAGGCAGCUUAGAGGUCUGGCUUUGGAUGUAAUUUAGGGUACUAAAUUUAAAUUUAAAGAUGUUGUUCAAACAAUAUCAUAUCAUCAUAUUGAGCUGAUAGAAAUUCUGUGGGUCAGAUAACAUCUUUGUGAUAAUUUAAGAACUAAACAGUUUUAAAACAUCUAUGAUAUAAUCCUAAUGUACACAGAAAAGCAUACAAAUGAAAACAAAUGACUAAUUAGGGUACAUUUAUAAUUGCAUCUAGGUCAUUUUUACCCUAAUGUCUUCAUAAAGUACUUGAGUGUAAUGUUUGUUACCUCCAGCAGAACUAAAUGUUCUAUGGUUAUGAGAGAAUAUAUUUAUUUAAAACAUUGCUUUUAUUUUGAAAAGCUUCUUAAUUAAUUUGAUUAACAAAUAUGCUAAUUUGGGGAACCUAGAGAAGAUAAUUGUUGAAAUUUUGCAAAUAUAAACAUCUCCUAUAGUUUCUGUGUUAUUUCUGACUUCUUAACACUAUUACGUUCAUGUUGCACAUUACUGAAAGAGUAAAGAUAUGAAAAAAACACUUACUGUUUUUCUUUUAUUGUGAAUUGAGAAAGCAAAGCUCAUGAAAAUGGAUUACUACAUUAAAAUAUCUGAAAGAGUUUGCUAUUUGCAUGGAUCAGAUAUGAUGAAAUUAUUCCCUGGGUUUAAAACUGGGCACUUGAAGGAGCAGGUACCUGAGAUCAUUUAAGGCAAGUUUCCAAUGGUACUACAAUGGCCUGAAAAAAUUUCUUUACUCUCUAUUAUAUUUAACUUGCUGGUAGGAGGAAUAGUGGAAUGCAGGUGUUAAGCCCUUUGUGGUAAAAAAGGUUCUGUAAGCAGAAACAAAACCCACCUUAUAUCAGCUGAUUGGUUGAUUUUACUAGGGUACCUCUUCAUCUACUUGAAUUUCAUUUGGUAAAUCCACGUCUUUACUGGAUAUACAGAUAGGUGGGAAGAGAAGGUAAAGGAUGGCAAACUCUCAAACAAUAUUUAUACAUUUCUUUAUUCCAGGGUCAAAUCUAAUCUUUUGAAGUAGAUUCCCUAGUUUUUAAUUUGUCCUAGAGCUCCCCUCACACUUAGGGCCUACCCAACAAUUCUCGAGAACAUAAUAUGGAUUCCACCUCAUCAGAUGCUACUUCUGGCAGUGGGUCGUCAGCCAUACUCUGCUUCAUUCCACUGGAUGUUCUUGCUAGAUGGGGAGUGAGAUAUGGAGCAGGGAGGAGCUUUGGAUUCUGGGAGUGGAGGAGUGGCAAGGGAAGAUUCUCCUAGUCUCCUGUGAUGCACAUUCCUUCAGACAGAGUAGCAAAAACAAAUUUUUUUUGUGUAUUAUGUCUCCAAGACAUUGUUACAUUCUACAAGGAGCACCUAUCUCCUUUAUAGACUUGAACUGUGGUAGAAAAAGUCCCUUCUCUCUUCUGUCCACUUAGAUUUGGUGAUGCUAAGAAGCUAGUGUUUUAGAUAUUAAUUCUAUUUUUAUUUAUUCAUCUUUACAUCAUCAAUGGGAUCUGAGGUGAAGACGGUAGGUAUUAUCACUGGCAUUUUAAAGGUGAGAAAGCCCAAGGCCACUGAGAUAAUAAAUGGAAUAACUGAUUUUGAACUCAGGUCUGUCUGAUUUUGUGUGCAAGAUUCUAUAUUUAGUGAUUUUGAUUUUAAGUUUAUUCUCAAAAUUUUAAACCAGACUAUUAACUCUUACUUUUAUAACCACAGAUACAAAGAGCCAUAUCAUUUUUUUCUGAAUAUAAAAUAUUAAUGGUCAGUAUAAAAAUACAAAAAUAAAGAACUAUAUACAAUCGAAAAGCAAAAUUACUCACUAUUAACAUUUUGAUUUAUAUCCCUUUAGACACUGUUUAGAGUUUAUACAUAUAUGUAAAUAUGCUUUUAUUUUAACAAAAUAGAGAUAUUAUAUGAACUGUUUGUAGCAGGGUGCUUAAAAUUUUAACAAUAUGUUAUGGAUAUCUAUGUCAAUAAAUGUGUAUGUACAUUAGAGUUCCCAGCCUUUGAACUGAAUCUAGUCCAAAAAUGCUGUGUUUUAUUUGGCCACUGAUUAUUAUUAUUAUUUUUCAUAUUUAACCAUUAGACAGCAUUUGAAAUUUGGAAAAUGUUAUGUAAAAUUCAAUGUCCUGCUUCUUUUAAAGUAUUGGAUAAUCUGACAACACAAGACACCUCUCACUUCCCACCUCACAACCAGCACACAUAUACUUUCUUGCUUGGCAUCAAUUAAUAGAAACUGCCCUCUCCAAAAGGGGCAUAUGCUGUCGAAUUUUCUAGAGAGUCUUUUCACUCAUUUAUCUUACAUCUGGAACUUGUGGACAUGACAGGUGGUGAAACUUGAUGUGAAUUAUCAUAUAUAUGGAAGCCAAAGUGAGAGAAUUGCUUGAGGCCAGGAGUUGAGACUAGCCUGGGAAACAAUGUCUUUAAAAAGUGAAAAAAUUAAUUAUCAUUUAUAAUAAUUACACAGUAUCUUAUUAUAUGGCUUACCAUAAUAUAUUUAACCCAUGUCCUAUUGUUAGACUUUACUCUCCUAAUUUCUUGUUAUAUAAACAUUCCUGUAAUAAAAUCCAUUUUUGCAAAGUUGUUCAACUUUUUCCUUGGGAUAAAUUUCUAGAAGUGGAGUUGUUGGGUCAAAGGACAUAGAGUUUUUUGUUUUGUUUUGUUUGUUAGGGCUUUUGAGAUACAUUGCCAAAUAGUCCCCGGAAAACUUGUUCAGUUUAAAAUCCCACCAGGAGUUUAUGAGAGUACUGAAAUCUUUGCUAAUAAUAAAUUUAUUUUUUCUUAUUUUUAUCUUUGCCAAUCUUAUAAAAAUAUUAUUUCUCUUUAUCUUUUAUCUCUAGUGAGAUUGAAUGCAUAUUUAUAUGUUAAUUGGCUCUAAAUAAUCUCAUUAAAAGUAAAAACUUCUGUACUCCAAAGGAUACUAUCAAGAAAGUGAAAUACAACCCACAGAAUAGGUUUGCAGGUCAUGAAUCUGAUAAGAGACGGGCAUCCAGAAUUUACAAAGAACUAUUAAAACAUAAUAAAAAGACAACCCAAUUUUUAAAAACUGGACAAAGGAUUGGAAUAGACUUUUCUUCUAAGAAGAUAGGCAAAUGGGAAGUAAGCACAUGCUAAUGAUCAUUAACCAGUAAGAUCACAUAAGCCAUAGCCACAAUUAGAUAUGACUUCACACCAAAUAGUUUGGCUAUAAUAAAAAAGACAGAUAAUAAGUGUUAGCGAGGAUGUGGAGAAAUUGGAACCAUCCUAACCUGCUGGUAGAAAUGUAAAAUAGUGCAGCUGCUUUGGAAAACAGCUUGGCAUUUCCUCAAAAGGUUAAAAAAAUAUGAGUUACUAUAUGACCCAGCAAUUCUAUCUUAGGUUUCUACCCAAGAGAAGUGAAAAUAUAUGUCCACACAAAAACUUGUACACAAAUGUUCAUGGCAGCAUUAUUUAUAAUAGUCAAAAGUAGAAACAAUCCAAAUUAUCAAUUUAUGAAAAGAUAAAUAAAAAUUACAUAUUCAUACAUUGGAUUAUUCAACAUUAAAAAGAAAUGCAGUACUGAUACAUGCUACAAGAGUAUACCUUGAAAACAUUAUGCUAAGUGAAGGAAAUCAGGCACAAAGGCCACAUACUGUACAGUUUCAUUUUUAUAAAAUAUCCAGAAUAGGGAAAUCAAUAGAUACAGAAAGCAGACUAAUGGUUGCCAGUGGCUGUGGGGCCUGGGGAGUGACUGUUAAUGGGUAUGAGUUUUCUUAUUGGUGUGAUGAAAAUGUUCUGGAAUUAGAAAUAAUGGUGAUGUUUGUUUACAUAACUUGUGAAUGUACUAAAAGCUAUUUAAUUGUAUAUUUUAAAGGGUGAAUUUUAUGAUAUGUAAAUUAUCUCAGUAAAAGGGUUAAAAAAGGAGAAAUAAAGAGAAAAGAGAAUUUAAAGAAUG